GGCAAAAAGCCAAGUGGCAGGAUAUCUGCUGAGAAAGCUGAGAAGAUGACAGUCUCACAGGAGAAAAUGGAAGACAGCAGAUCUCACAUGACAUCCAAAGAAUACAAGCUACAAAAAGAUCAGCACCUCAUAAAGAAUUCGAAGACAUUACAAGGCCAGUAUGUGCUUAUGGUCCAUGAAGUGACCAUGCCCCCAUUCUUGGGCCAGACUCUCCCACCUGCCUUCAAACUCUUGAAUUUUUCCAGAGAAAACCAAAACCAAGAACAAAGAUUUUUUUCAAAGUCACCAGCAAGUAAAAAGGAUCAAACCCCACAGCCAGGGCUCUUAUCCAAGGCACACUGAAGUCAAUGGAAUUUUUCCCAUUGAAUGCAGUGGAAGUUGGAUUCAGUCUUUGCAUCCCAGUCACCCUUGUAAGGUUUUUCAUGCAGGAAUGGGGCUUCAGUUUUGAAAAUUAUAGUCUUCUAAUAGCCAAGAAAAUAAUUGACUUGGAGAUCCAUGUCGUGGUCGUCGUCUUACUAUUAACAUUUUAGA